AUGCAACUAAAACAUAAUACAAAAUUUAGCAAAGAAUUAUAUGAUUUAUUUGAACAACAAGUAACACAAACUUUUAAUAGUCAAGAUAAAGUAACUUUUAAAGAAUUAAGUUUUACAGUUGAUUCACAAAAAUUUUAUAUUAAUUAUAAGAAAACAAAUAAUAAAAGUAUUAAUCUUAAAAUGCAAGCAAUUAUUAAAGCAAUGGAUACUAUUUCUAAUAUGCGCCAACAAAUUAAUCAGCAAAUGAAUGAAUUAAUUCUAAUUUAUUUAAUUGAUUUAAAUUUAAUACAAGAAAUAGAUAAUAAGGAUGAUUUGAAAAUGGAUAUAAAUAUAAUUAAUAAUACUAAAAUUAUACAUGAAGUAACUAAAUUAAUAGGAAAAGAACAAGGUAUUAUUAAUUAUAAUAAUCCUAUAUUGCAUAUUCAGAUCUCUGAUGAUGAAAGAAAUGUAGGCCAUAAAGUGAAAUAUGUAAUGGUUAUCUUUAUAUUAUUAAAUGAUUAUUUAAAUAUAUAUUGUCCAGAUUAUCAUUAUACUCUUAUACUUUAUCCUAGUAUAGAAAGAUAUGAUGUUUUAAAAGUAGCUUUAGUACUAUUAAUUGAAGAUUUAAAUAAUAUUCAAAAUGGAUAUUGGGAUAAACAAAGUCAAAAAUGGCAAAUCCAAUUAUAUUUUUUUACUAAUUAG